UAGUACCAACACCGUCCCACGUGGUUAAUCAAAACAUCAUGGCGGCUGGUUUCAAAGUUGCGGAGCCUCUGGAGUACCACAGGAGCUUUCUGAAAGAAAACUGCCGCCCUGAUGGACGGGAUCUGUCAGAAUUCAGAACCACAACACUCAACAUAGGGUCCAUAUCUACAGCAGAUGGCUCAGCCCUGGUAAAGGUUGGAAACACCACAGUCAUCUGUGGGAUCAAAGCGGAGCUGACAAACCCAACAGUGGAGGCACCAGGCAAAGGUUACAUAGUGCCCAACGUGGACCUGCCGCCGCUGUGUUCCUCUCGGUUUCGGCCGGGUGCACCGGGAGAGCAGGCGCAGGCUGCCAGCCAGUUCAUCGCUGAUGUCAUAGAAAGCUCUGAGAUUAUACAAACAGAGGACUUGUGCAUUGACAGAGGAAAGCUCUGCUGGGUGCUCUACUGUGACAUGAUGUGUCUCGACUACGAUGGGAACAUGUUGGACGCUUGCAUCAUUGCCCUGCUGGCUGCCCUGAAGAACACACAACUCCCAGAGGUCACCAUCAACACAGAGACUAGCUCACCAGAGGUGAAUUUAGAAAAGAGACGUGGGCUGCAUAUUCACAAACAUCCAGUCGGAACCUCUUUUUGUGUCUUCGAUGACUCCAUACUGAUUGUAGACCCCACAUCUGAGGAGGAGAGUCUGGCGACCGCUCACCUCACUGUGGUGACCGAUGAUGAAGAGCGACUCUGCAUUGUACAUAAACCAGGUGGGACGUCACUGUCAGGAGAGAAGCUUCAGGAGUGUAUAAACAGAGCAACAGCGAGACAAAGAGAGAUCCAGAAACUUAUUGACAAAGUGAUAAACAGUGUGAAGACAGCACAAUAAAAGAGCCUCAGACAAUGCUUUUUUUUUUAUCUAAAA